CGUAUCUCUCCUCGUGACUCUCCAUCCAGAAGGUUUCAGCGGCACCGCAAUCGGUCAGCAAGCGCAACAGGUCGAAAUCAAGUCUCGACGGUUCCAUGAAGGGUGUGCCAGGGUUCGUGUUUCGCUUCUUGCUCUCAUCCCUGCCCAGCUUCCUACUACGUACAGAUCUUCAUGUGCAGCAUUGCUGUCAUCGCACAAUUACUCCGUACGCCCGCUGUUCUGGGAUCUGGACGGACUGCUUCCGCAGAACGCGUCGUCACAGAAUGUUCCAUGAACCCCACAGGACAAGCGGCACUCGUCCCUCCUCCCCCUUUCAAACCCCUCAGUCCUGUGCAAAAGGUCACAACACUUUGUCGCCAUCGCAGCGCGCGGCGUCACACUAUCGUCAGCCGCCUCGUACUGUUCACGUUUUGGAACGAAGGCGUCGGGUCGUCCUACUCUCUUGAAUGGGGUUCCCAGUGGCACGAGCUAGGUUAGACUGGCGGACUCACACCGAUAACCAGGCUCAGGGAUGACCCGCUGCCAAUCCGGCGGACUCUUAGCCACAGGACACCGGCGCACACACGGCCAAAAAUAGCUGUGACAUUGAGAACGGGCCAUGGGGAGGG